CUAGCGAGGUCGACGGAACAUAAUCGCCAAUUCGGAAAACUGCCGAUAGAGUGACGCCGUCGCCGCCAGAGUCCAGACGCCGCUGGGCGUCAAGCCACGAGCCUCCAGUGUUGUCAGGAUUAUGAUGCAGUUGAAUUCGGCCAGAAUUUCUAGAUUCGCACCUAAGACAGAAACGAGGUCCACAACAUUGCGGAGCUGGGAUGACUUAAAUUAUGAUGUAUUGUUGGAUAUAAUAAAGAGAGUGCCCUGGUAUUAUAGGCUAUAUGUGGUGUGUUUGGCGAGCAAGUCGUGGUUGUCAGCAGUAUUAGACUCAUUGUCAAACCCUGGUGUGAUCAAUCUCAAGAUCUUGGAUAACCCUGAGCUCGAACAGCAUUUACAUAAUAGAUAUUUUCGUUUUUUGAAGCACAUGCUUGAUAGUAAGCCUGCUGACUCUUGGUCUUCGUUGAUUCUUGGUGACAACUUGCUUCUCUCACACCAGUAUGCUUAUAUUGCUAAAAGGACACUCUCCUUGCGGCAGUUGGUUAUACCCUGUUCAGUGGGUAAGGAAUAUGCGUUUAUCCAAGCUGCUUUUAGGCAUUGGAAGAAGUUGAGGCGAGUACAGUGCCCUGUAUGGUUGAUCAAACUGUACCCACGCAACUUUAGAAGGGUUAAGAGUCUGCGGCUAUUCGGCGUUGUGGAUGAUGAUGCAGCGAUAGCAGUGCGUGACAAGUGCCCUCAACUGAAACAAUUGAGGCUCAUCUCAUGUGCUUUAUCAGUGAAUGCCUUGUCAAUAAUAUUAGACGGCCACAAGGAAUUGGAGUUGUUGGACACACGCCAUAGCUUCUGUGUUUCUAACUGCAUGAAAAUUGGUUUGUGUGGGGUGGUGGUAUCACAAUCUCUGGAGUGGAAUGAAGAUGAGAUUCUUCGCCAAAAGGGCUCUGGUAUUAAGGUGCACUUGAGGUGUGAUCAACGGCGUUGUGCUCGGUGUGCCGUACCUGAGAAGUGCUGCUUUCCAGAACGUAGGCUUCUUCCCGAAGGUAAAGGGAUUAAAAGAAGAAGGUAUCACUCCAUUUAAUUUAUGGAAAAACACACACACAAAUUGUGGGAAAUGAGUUUCCUUGGAGUAGUAUUUCCUCUGAAAUACAUUGUUUUGUGAUUGUUUUUAUACGAUGGCAUAAACUUGAGAGCUACUUUUAUGGUGUGUGAGUUUUCUUUAGCUACUUUUA